AUGAAAGCCUACGCUUUUGUGUCUACCCCUGGCCACACGUCUCUGCUCUUUCCUGUGACCCAAGCUGCUAGUAAACUGUACCUAUUUAUGUUUUACAAGUACUUUGCUACAGUUAUUAAUGCUAUCCAUGUCAACAUUAUUAGGUAUAACAGCAGUAUAAGGGGCAGAACUUUUGUAAUGCCUAACCUGAAUAAUGAUGAUGACCCUAUACCUAUCGAAGAGCUUGAGAAUGAAACUGAAGAUGUCACAGAAGUUGGAUCAGGAUCCAUCAGUCAGAUUAAUUCGUCUCGAAAUUAUAGACGACAGACAGUAUCAGCAGACACACAAAGAUACCUCACCAGUCCAUGGCUGACGCGUUUUGUUCCUGCAGUCUACACAUUAGUGGUUAUGCUGAGUCUCCCUCUGAACAUUACAGCAAUACUUGUGUUUUUGAGAAAAAUGAAAAUUGAGAAGCCGGCUGUAAUAUACAUGCUGAAUUUGGCCGCUGCAGAUGUACUGUUCGCAAGCGUGCUUCCUUUCAAGAUUGCGUAUCAUUUUUCUGGAAACAACUGGGUGUUUGGACCUGGGAUGUGCCGUUUCGUCACCGCUGCCUUCUACUGCAACAUGUACUGCUCGAUCCUGCUCAUGACGAGCAUCAGCGUCGAUCGCUUCCUAGCGGUGGUGUACCCCAUGCACGCGCUGUCGUGGCGCACGCUGACGCGCGCCUCCCUCACCUGCCUCGUCAUAUGGCUUGUGGCUAUAGCUGGCGUGGUGCCUUUUCUCAUCAGGGAGCAAACUAUGGAAAUACCCAGGUUAAAUAUAACUACCUGCCAUGAUGUGCUAAACGAAUCUGAACUUCACAGCUACUAUGUCCAUUUCUUCUCCGUUUUCUCUUCUGUUUUCUUUGUGGGGCCGUUUAUAAUUUCUACCGUCUGUUACCUGUGUAUCAUUCGGUGUCUUAGUUCUUCUAGCAUUGUUGCAAAAGAAAGUAAGAAGAAACGUGCCUUGCUCUUGUGUGUAGCUGUUUUUUCUGUUUUUGUUGUUUGUUUUGGGCCAACAAAUGUCCUCCUAUUAAUUCAUUAUGUGCAUUUUUCUUAUGACAACAGUUUAGAAUAUCUCUACUUUGCCUAUCUACUCUGUGUUUGCAUCAGCAGCUUAAGUUGUUGCAUUGAUCCCUUUAUUUACUACUAUGCUUCUUCUCAGUAUCAGAGGCAACUUGUCAGUCUCUUCAGUUGUAAAGAGACUUUUGAUCCUAACAGUAGUAACAGCAGUGGCCAGUUGAUGUCAACCACUAGUAGAAGAGGUACCUGUUCCAGUAAUGUAAAUAACAGUGUCUACAAGAAAUUGCUAGCAAUGCAUUGAGAUAAUGUUUCUUACACUUGCUUAAUUUUUUGGCAAUUUCAGAAAAAAAAAGUAUUAUAUCCAGGAAAUGCAA